GGGGGGGGGGACGGCUCUCCCGCCCGCCCGCUUCUCCGCCGCUGGGCAACGCGCUUCCGGAGGGUGGGAUCAGCGUGAAGGGCAGUUGCUGCUUACGCGGCGGCUUGGCUGGGAAGAGCCCGAGAGGCGAGGCGGACGGUCCUCCCGUGAUUCCCGGCGCGGAGCUCCCACAGCCGAAAGCGGCGUCGCUCGGCGAGUGCCAGACGGAGGAGGAGACGGCGGCGGGGACGGCAACAGCAGGCAAGAUGGUGGCGAAGCAGCGGAUCCGGAUGGCCAACGAGAAGCACAGCAAAAACAUCACGCAGCGCGGCAACGUGGCCAAGACCUCGAGAAACGCCCCCGAGGAGAAAGCAUCGGUGGGACCGUGGCUGCUGGCGUUGUUCAUCUUCGUGGUCUGCGGUUCGGCGAUCUUCCAGAUUAUUCAGAGUAUCAGGAUGGGCAUGUGAAAGAGUUGGUCUUUAAACAAGAUAUUUUCUCCUGUGAACUAUGAACUUUCAUUCCUAAUGUUCGAUAACUUGGAAUUUAAAUUUCCUGUCGUCUUGCUUCUGAAGAACUGUCCAUGUUGGCCACAUGUCAUUCCAGGUUCUUUCACAAAUCAUUCCAGGUUUUCUAGUCCAUGCCACAGUGCCUUGAAAAAGCACCACAUGUAUAAAGCAAUAAAGAAUUAUUGUUAACUUAAAAUGGUGGACCUACUUAUUCUGUGAAUCAAAUUCAUGAUUUUUGUUGAUAUUAAAGUAUCAUAAAGUAUAUUUUAAAAUAUAAUCAGUGUAGAUAGUGAUUGCAUCAUAUGUAAACACUGAUUUUUGUUAAUCUUCUGUAUAAAUGGAAGUGUUUUAUUUAAAAGAGUGAAUCUUAUUAAGUGGAAACUGUAUAACUAGCUUAAAGCACAUUCAUGCAAUUCGGCUAAAGGAUGCCUGCUGUGGUUUUGCUUAUCUAAAGCCCAUCUUGCAUAUGUGUAGCUUAGCUUUAGUGUAGCAUGUGGUGACUUAAUUACAAAUCUAGUAGAAUACUUUAUCAUUUCCUUCUUUUGGACCUUGUUUUAUUAAACAAUGUAAUGUAAAACCAGUGGCUUAACUGACCAUAAUUUACAUAAAGGAACAAAGCUCUUCAGUCUUAAAAUGCACCAGAAGUUUCUCAAAAUGCUUAGCUGCUACUGUUAAAUUGUAUUGAAUGUCAGUGUUUCUUAUGCCAUUAUUGCAUUGUUGGGGUAAGAUAAGUGUGGGCACAACUCAGAAGAUACAUUUGGGAGGAAAAUACCACCUCUUGAUAUGUUCCACAUCAACCGUAUAUUGUUUAUAUAGACAGCACUAACAUGCAUGUAGGCUGAACAGUACCCCACUUCAGCUGUACAGAUUAAUAGAUUAAACAUACUGCUGAAUCCAAAUUUUUAUAUUACUGUGACAUGAGCCAUUUUCUGUAAAUUCUACUGCAUGUUAAUGUAGAAGUCAAUGAAAUGAUGUAAGGGUAAGUGGGUUGCACUUUCACAGGGUAGUAAACGUCAGAUUGAAAUGUUCUUACCACUAUUAACAGCUUCUUGCAAAGUAUAUAGCAAGGAAAACGCUAAGUUUGGUACUCUAUCAGGGAAUGCCUUAUAGAAAGGUAACUGGACCACAUAUUACUUUUUAAAGGGCUGAGUGGAACUUUAACUAGGUAAAUGACUCUUAAUCCUGAAAAAUGGGAUGAUGGGCAGAUUACUGGAAGGCUAUACUUUGUACUGUUAGCAGUACAUUCUGUAAAUGGGAAAUGCUUGUUUGUAAUCUAAGAACAAUUUCCAAUAAAUUACUUUAAAAUCUGA